CAAUGUUGUAAACAAGAAAAGCUAUCAUUUGGUAGACUGAUAUUAAAUCUGUUGUUGGUGGCUUGUAGGCAAACUGACUGAACAACAGCAGUUACAAUGAAGUGCUACUAGUUUUUGGAUCUUUUUGGUAGCAUUUAAACUGGUUAUGUGUUAGUAUUGUUCAGAGUGAUUUUCAGACUAGAUUUCCUUGCAUGAUUCUCUCUCUUUUAGUUUGGGUAAAAGUCAGAGGGGAAAAUGGCAUUACAAAUACUCCUGCAUCACCAAACCAGUGACUAAGACUAUUAGCUCAACUCAAUCAAACGGCCAGAAUUGAUUGAAUUUGAAGGAAUUUCUAUGGUUCAUUUUUUCACUGACAACUGGGAGAAUGUUCAGAAUUUCCAGGCAAGACCAGAUGACAUCCUUAUUGCUACUUACCCAAAAGCAGGGACUACCUGGGCGUCAUAUAUCUUGGACCUUCUCUAUUUUGGCAACACAGCACCUGAGCGUCAGACCUCAGUGCCCAUCUACAUGAGAGUGCCUUUCAUUGAGUCGCACUUCCCUGGAAUACCAUCAGGGGUUGCUCUGGCAGAAAAAUUACCAACUAAACCAAGACUCAUUAAAACUCAUCUACCUGUUCAGUUGGUGCCCAAGUCCUUCUGGGAACAGAACUGCAAGGUUGUUUAUGUUGCUCGCAAUGCUAAAGACAAUGCUGUGUCGUAUUACCACUUUGAGCGCAUGAACAUGGGUCAGCCUGAACCAGUGGACUGGAAUAACUUUCUUCAAAUGUUUAUGGAUGGAAAGAAGGUGUUUGGACCUUGGUAUGAUCAUGUGUGUGGCUACUGGGAGAAGAAGCAGACAUACUCCAAUCUUCACUACAUGUUCUUUGAGGAUAUGGUGGAGGAUACAGGGCUUGAGGUAGAGCGCUUGUGCUCCUUUCUUGGUUUAUCUACACCAAUAGAAGAGAGGGAGAAGAUAACAAAAUCGACUCACUUCGAUGUCAUGAAGGGAAACAAAAUGACCAACUACUCUACAGUCCCAGUCAUGGAUUUUAAGAUCUCACCAUUCAUGCGCAAAGGUAAAGUUGGUGACUGGAAGACUCAUUUCACUGUGGCCCAAAAUGAGCAGUUUGAUGAACACUACAAGCAGAAAAUGAAGAACACAACUUUACAGUUCCGCACAGUGAUUUAGUACAUUAAGAGUCCUAUGUGUAUGUUAAUAGAAAGUUAUUCAAGAGUAACCAUGUUCACAUCUAAUGUUUAAUGCAGCACAUACUUUAUGCAAUAUUAUGAAAAUAAUUUUUUGUUUAUUUCACAGUACUGUCAAAUAAAUCUAUUGGUUAAAUAUA